AUGUUUCUUCGAGCAGCCUUUCGCCGCCCCCUGCGGCCAGUCGUCCUACCGGUCCGUCCCUUCAUUACAACCCUCAGCCGCGCAUCCGCCCCUUCCUCCGCCGCCCAGUCUUCCUCGUCUCCGACGCCGUCGCCAUCCUCCUCCCAGGGGCCCGCUCUUGAAAAGCCCGCCGAUCUCGACGCCGAAGAGUCUGCCAUUUGGGACAAGCUCGUCGAGAGCCUCGCCCCCACCGCGCUCAACGUCCGGGAUGUCUCGGGCGGCUGCGGCUCCAUGUACGCCAUCGACGUCGUCUCCCCGCCUUCAAGGGCGUCGGCCUCCUGA